AUGUCAGGUUCCGUUACUGAGGAGUCCUUGAAGAGGAAGCGAUCGAAAGUUCCUGAAAAGGCAAAUAAACGAGCCAAACCAAAGGACAGCGACGAACAUGAUCCCCAAGCUGAGAUCUUGCAACUCGAAAACGAAAUCCUGGAAUCCAAGAAGAAUUACAAUAACAUAACAAUUCUUCUUGACCUCGCGCAAAAAGACGGCGACGAUGAUUCUACCCAGCUUGCGGUGGUAUCUCUGUGCAGAGUAUUUCUACGUCUGUUUGCAUCAGGAAAUCUAGCGAGACGGAACGGACAGUCGGAAAAAGAUAUCGUAGUCGUUCAAUGGCUUAAAAAAAGACUCGGAGACUUCAAGCAGAUCAUCCUCUCAGAAUUAGGUCAAGAGGACACCGCGUCUACUGCGUUGACUCUAGCUAUGCGCAUCUUGCAAGCUGAAGGCAAACACACGAACGACAAGGAUGAAUACAGCUUUCCGAAGGGCUUCCUCAGAGAAGUGGUGGAAGCACUUAUCCUAAGCGAAUCUGAAGAGAUUAGAGAAGAAUUCUGCGAGAAGUUUCUGGGAGAGUAUGCGGAUAUACGAUUUUACACGUUCAAAGCCUUGAAGGAUAUUCUUUCUGAGGAACCUUUAAUAUCCUCUAGCGAAACACUAUUUGAUAAUGUGUUCGACAUAUUAUCCUUCUUUGAAGAUGUUCCGGCUUCCGCUGAAGAAAUGGGCGAGUUCUAUAUUGAUGCGCCGAAAAAGAAGUCGCAUCCCGUCGCAUCCCUGAACCAACAGAAGAAACAAGCCCAAGAAGCCUGGAUAGCACUGCUUGACCUAGGCCUCAACCGGGAGCAGAGGAAAAAGGUGCUUCAAAUCAUGACUAAGUCCAUUGCUCCGUGGUUUACCAAACCAGAGCUUCUGAUGGACUUCCUGACAGAUUCGUAUAACUCCGGAGGUGCGAUUUCUCUGUUAGCUCUAUCAGGAGUCUUCUAUCUCAUACAAGAGCGGAACCUGGACUAUCCCUCGUUCUAUCGGAAGUUGUACUCAUUAUUGGAUGCAAAUAUCCUACAUUCGAAACAUCGGUCCAGGUUCUUUCGGCUGUUGGACACGUUCCUCUCUUCUACGCAUCUUCCCGCCGUCCUUGUCGCAAGUUUCAUCAAGCGAAUUACGAGGCUGUGCCUCAGCGCCCCCCCUGCCGCUAUCGUUGUGGUCAUACCCUGGAUUUAUAAUCUAUUCAAAAAGCACCCGCUUUGCACGUUCAUGAUGCAUCGCGUGCCUAGGUCACCGGAAGAGAAGGAGGCACUGGAAAAUGAAGGGAUGGCUGACCCGUUCAUUGCUGACGAAGAAGACCCAAUGGAGACUUGCGCCAUUGAUAGCUGCUUAUGGGAGGUCGUUCAGCUGCAGUCACACUACCACCCGAACGUUGCGACUAUCGCGAAAAUAGUAUCGGAGCAAUUCACUAAGCAGUCCUACAACCUCGAGGAUUUCUUAGACCAUUCGUAUAGCAGCGUAAUUUUUGUUUUGCUUACGUAUUUCUAG